AUGUCUUCCACCCUGUCCAAGUUUGCCGGCAGCGGUUCUGGCGCUAGCGGGUCCGGCGCCAUGAACGCAGCAAAGACGGCCGUCGCUUCGGCCAACCAGUCGACUGCCACCGGCCUCAACAAGCCCGCACAGAAGACGUAUCCCUUCUGGCUCGGAGGCGCCGCCGGCUGCUGUGCGGCCUCGAUCACGCAUCCGCUCGACCUGACCAAGUACCGCCUCCAGACCGCCGCCGUCAAGCAGGGCAUGUUCCGCACCAUUGUCCUUUCUGUCAAGACUGAGGGCAUCACCAGCCUCUGGCACGGGCUCACGGCCACCCUGCUCCGGCAGUUCACCUACUCCGUCACCCGCUUCGCCGUCUACGAGGACAUGAAGGGCAGGAUGACGCAGCGCUCGGGCAAGGCGCCCACCACGGGCGAGCUGGCCGCGUGUGCUGCCACGGCUGGUGCCCUCGCCGGCGUCGUCGGCAACCCUGCCGAGAUCGUCCUUGUCCGCAUGUGCUCGGACCUCAACCUGCCCAAGGAGGCGCGCUACGGCUACCGCAACUGCAUCGACGGCGUCAUCCGCAUCGCGCGCGACGAGAGCGCCCAGACGCUGUUCAAGGGCCUGGGUCCCAACAUUGUUCGCUCGGUCGCCCUCAACGUGUCGCAGCUGGGCUCCUACGACAUGUUCAAGUCGCUGCUGCAGGCGACCAACGUGCUGCCCGACGGGCCGGUGCUGCAGACGGCGGCCACCUUCUGCGCCGGUACGCUCUGCACGACGGUCUGCACGCCCAUCGACGUCGUCAAGAGCCGCGUCCAGAACAUGAAGAAGGGCGCCACCGGCGGCGGCGUGGCCACCGUCAUCCGCGACGCCAUCCGCAAGGACGGCCCCACGGUCUUCUUCCGUGGCUGGACGCCCGCCUGGCUCCGCCUGCAGCCUCAGACGACGCUCCUCUUCCUCUUCUUUGAGCAGUUCAAGGCGCUCGUCGACAAGUCGCGCGAGGCGCGCCACAACCCCGAUAUCCGCAAGACGGCCUAA